AUGAAUUGGUCAUUUAAUCCUCUUCCAACGCCGGAGGAGCUACAACAGCAUCAUCUAUGGGCACCCGAAUUGUCAACCUCGAUCCACGGCGAGCAAAUGACUCAGCCUCCAGGUCAACCCAGCAUGGAGCCAGCACCAUGCUAUCCCCUUACUCCCCCACAAUCUCUCCCAUCCCAAUGCGCUUCACUCCCAUCACCUCGUGGUCUCAAGAUGGAGGCCGAGGAGCAACCUCAGGACUGGCACCUGCCUUUGCAUAUAGCGGUGGAACAAGGGCAUGAAUUAAUUAUUCGCGAGCUUCUGCGAGCGGCAGUGGGCAUCAAUGAGAGCGACAGCGCGGGCCGGACUGCAGUGCACAUAGCCGUUCACCAGAAGCAAGAAGGCGUAUUAAGAAUUCUCCUGGAACAUGGACCUGAUGUCAACGCGAUAGAUAAAAUGGGCUGGACACCCGUUCAUCACGCAGUUCAAAAUGGUUUUACGUCGGGACUGAAGCUUCUAAUGGAACACGGGAGCAAUUUGGCACUGCGGGCCCCCAAAAGAUCCCCAUGA